GGAGUUGCUUUCAGUGGUAAGUAGAGAAAGCCUGCUAAGUAAUUUAUCCUGUUAAUCGUGUGAUUUAUGUAGUUGAGCUUGUUCUCAUGACUUUGUAAUGAAUUUGUUUGUUGCAGGUUCUGCGGUCCGGCGACAACAGUGACUGUGCCAUGCACAUGUCCUCCACGUGUGAGUGUCAAGACCCUGGGUCAGGCCGUGUGGUGGACAGGAGAGUGCUAUACUGCUGUAAUCACACUCUUCCCGGAGCAAGUUCACCUGCUCAACAAAGCAGAUCCUAGGGUGUUUGUUUUUGGUCCACCUGGUACAGGUAAAACUGUGGUGCUGCUGCUGAUGGCCAUACAGUGGCUGCGGUGUGGUCACCACGUCUACGUUGUCAGUACGUGGUAUGGGAGUCGUGCAGCGUGCAGCAUGUUGUUUCACCUGUUGCUGCAGACAGUAAAGACACUACAGUCAGCAGGUGUGUCACCCGGUCAGCCUCACCUCCUGUUGUAUGAUCUUGAUGUCGGUAAAGACGAGGAGAAGGCCGUCAACGACUUGUCACAGGCGGCGAGCGGAGGGUCGUUGUACGUCAUUGUUGAUGAAGUAGUGAGUGAGUUCAGUCAGAUGUUCGGCUUCAAGAACAUUCAGACUUUGUGUGACAAGCUGCUGUCACGAGUUCCUCGUCUCCAUCUGUGGGCGGCAAGUUGUUUCCAUGAGCACACACCCGCCGGCUGGCAAGUGGAAUAUUUAACCAGACCCCUCCGCUCUCCACCGGCCGUCGUCAGGGAAGUUGAGCAGGACGAGAAGAUCACUAAAGCCCGUGAUGUCCACCCGUACAGUGAGCGACGUGUACCCGACCACACAGACGGCCCGCCAGUCAAACGACUGUUUCACCGAUAUCAUAGUGACUCAAAUGACAAACCAAGUGACUGCGUCAAGUGCGGUCGUGAGUUGGCCAGCUUCCUACACAGUCUCCGUGUUGGUGUUACAGAGAGCAGCACAACAACAUCUACAACAUUGAGCUCUACCAGCGGCGGCACAUCACCCUGUCUACAGUGGAGAGACAUGCUGGUGUUGUACGGGAUUCACGUUAGUGACAGCUCGGGUAUUGUAAAGGGAAUGCAAGAAGCGGGUAUCCCAGUGCGGGUGAUGAAGGACUAUGAAAUCGAGGACGUGGCCACGGCCCGCAGUGACGUGGUGUGGGUGACGCAUGGAGGUCAUGUUCGUGGUCUGGAGAGAAAAGUCGUCGUCUGUCUGUACGACCCUUAUUAUCUUUUGUAUAAAUACUCGAGUAUAGAAGUGUGCCAACUUUCCACUGCCCGACUUGACCUCAUGUCCCGCUGUACGUCACAACUUGUGAUUGUCUCCCGUCACUACUAGCGCUUUAAGGUGACUGACACUGACACUGACACUGACACACCUGUCACCUGCUGUAGUCGUGUGUCAGUCUCUUACAUCAACAUUUGUCUUUUAGUGUUUGUCCUCUUCUACUCUCAGUUGAUCACCACGUCAUCACAUUAUGAUGUCAUAGACAUGACGUCAUUACAGAUUUUUACAUCACGAGGUCCGUGUCUCUGUUUACACAACAACAAGUAUCAACAAGUUUGUUUGUUACAGAGGUAUGUGUGUUAAUGUGUCAGCAUAUCCAUGCGUGUGUAAGUCUACCAGUGUGACGUCUGUGUCAAUGUGUCAGCCUAUCAUUGUGAUAGCUGUGUCAAUGUGUCAGUCUACCAGUGUGAUAUCUGUGUCAGUGUGUCAGUCUACCAGUGUUAUAUCUGUGUCAAUGUGUCAGUCUACCAGUGUGAUAUCUGUGUCAGUGUGUAAGUCUAUCAGUGUGAUAUUUGUAUCAAUGUGCCAGUCUACCAGUAUGAUAUCCGUGUCAAUGUGUAAGUCUACCAGUGUGAUAUCUGUGUCAAUGUGUCAGUCUACCAGUGUGAUAUCUGUGUCAAUGUGUCAGUCUACCAGUGUGACAUCUGUGUCAAUGUGUCAGUCUACCAGUGUGAUAUCUGUGUCAAUGUGUCUAUAUGUUGUACACGCUCUGUCAAAGGGCCUCAGCGGACUGUAAUGUCAGUGCCGUGCACUAAAGUGUUUAGUCUGAUAUUGUUUACUGCCGGUAGUAAACAAAGGGGACAGAACUCUGAGACUAAAUACAGACAAGAGUGUAUUUAACACACACAGGAGUAAAGAUACAUUGUCAUAGUAGUUUGGAUGACCGUCAAAUGGUUAAUGAAAUUUUGGAUGCUAGGGAUGUCAUCUUGUUGCUCAAGCAAAGACUGAAAGAAAACUUUGUACAAAAAGAGAAAGACAAAAUGGCGUCGAGAGAUAGGUACUCAUCAGUUUUAAAUGUGCUGUGUGCUUUAAAAAAUGCCAAUGCUGGGCUGACAGGUAAAACCGUGUACAUCAGGGUCAGCAAAGUACGGCCCGCGGACGUUUUUUUCUGGCCUGUCUGCCAAAAUGUGAAGGGAACUAGCUUUGCUUUAAAACCGAGGUUCAUUUGAUUAAAAUUUAAUUGAUCAAAUACGAUUUUCGUCAGAAAUCAGCAGCACCUACCAGUCAAACACAGAGAAGUACACCAAUAGCAACGUGGCUGACGUAGUCGUGAGAGACCUUCAUCAGCGGCUGACUUUCAAGAAAAGGAAGGAGGCAAAUGCUGUGCACUAUGACUAUUCUUUAUGUUUGAACAUAGUCUGACCACCUUUUACCGGUGCUGUGGCACAAAUGUGUCAUCAGUAGAGAUCAGGUAAAGAUCAGAGGCCUUGCUGGUUCAGCUUGUUUGGGUCCCCACCCUCGCUCCAAACAGCUUGAUUCUAAUCGUAAGUUCAGUCGUUCUGUGACAGUUUUCGUGCAGUAAGUUAGUACCAUAGCAGUUAAUGUGAUGGGCGAAAGGAAAAAGAGAAAGGCCGAUAGUAAGAACCAAAAAUGUAAUAACGAGUGGACAGGGCGAUUUUGUUUUCACAGAUGUUGGAGAUAAAACUGGGUAAUGAACCAGAAGAAUUUGCCAAGAAGACAUCAGAGUUUUCAAAGAACACUAUCUGAAUGACAUUUUCUGAAAACAAUCGGCGUAGUGCAGUGACCUUUAUGUACAAAAGCAGAAAAGUUAACCAAAUUUGUGGAACCGUUAACUAAGCAACAAAGUAUUUUUUACAAAUAAAGCAAGAUCAAGCAAGCGGCAGCAAAAGUAAGUUUUAUUGUGGUUUGUCAUAUUGCCAGAGAGAGCAGGCAUUCGUGGACAGCCAGUUCCUCAAAAAGUACAUGCUUCAUCUGGUCGAAACGUUGUGUCCAGAAAACUCAAAGGACAAGUUCAGUGCUCUUCAACUUUUGCAAAGAAGCUGAAGUGACUGGCGUGGGAGCAUUUAACUUUAUUUCUCAUGCAGGAUCAUGAUGGUGACAAGAGUUACAGAGAGUUAACCUGUAAGCCGAUGCUACAUCCUGUUUGGUAAAUGCUUUAUCAAGAAUCGUGAAGUUUAUUUUCUAACUGUUUAUUGUAAUAGAGCACAAACUGUUGGUUGUAAGACGUUUUGAAUAGGUAGUGGUGAUAGAAAUUAUGGCCAUAUGAUGAAAUAUGCCAGGAAACAAUGUUUGAGCCGCAUGUAAGAGGGGUCUGCAAUACGGAAGAUCUUAAUGGAAAAUAAGUCAGAGGGCAAUCAAAUACAAAAAUUGUUAAUAUGUUCCAUUUCGACUUUUAUUCACUGCCUUGUGAUAAUAACUUACGAGAAUAGAUAAUUGAGAAGCGACCACACAACGCAAAUGUUGGUGUGUCCCAAGAAACGUCCUUCUGGGGGUUGAGGUGGAGGGAGAAAAGAAAUCGAAGAUGGAGCGGGACAACGCUUAACCUGCUAUUAUGAGUUGUCUGUUCUCAUGUCACUAUAGACUCCUACAUUCUAGAAUAUUCACGAGAUGAUAGUAAUACACGUGGAACGCUCUGGGGGCCCUUGUCGUACACAGGGGACGUCAUCUAAGAAAGACAACGAAUGGUGAACUGUUGACUAGUGUCCUAGGAAGACGACGAUUUUUCAGGGGACAAACACAAACACAAGGCAGGCAGGCAAGACUGAAGGAAUAACAAAUCAGUCACGUGACAAGGCACAUGUAACAGGACAUAACACGCUUGUGUUAUUACAGAGAUCCCAUCAGGUGUGUGCGUGCGCAUGUACGUGGGAAACAAAGAAGUGAGAGAAUGACAUCAAAGAAAAUGAUGAUUUUUUUUCAUUAUCUCAUAGUUAUGUGACCAAAACAAAAAUGCAAUACAUGUACAUCUUUAUUUCAGCCAUACAGUACUUCAUUAAAAAUAUGUUGUUGCAUUUUGUUUCGAUUAUUUAGGUGUAUUAAGAACAACUGUGUUGAUAGGUAAGCGUAUACACGCACAUAUCUAACAUUAUCUAACAUUCAACUAUCAUAUGCACUGUAAACAUAUUUACUGUUUAUCACCAAGCUGAUAUCUCUUAGUAGCCUCGUCAGCGUCUUACUCUUUGAACUUACCUGGAACUUACACUUAGUUUUAAUUUCUCGUUUUAAUGUUGUUUAACAUGUCUUUAGAAUCGAAUCUGAACACCCGAGCAAUUUGUGUUGAGUGUGUUAGUAUGGAUUGUUUCUUUAUACUUUCAUGCAUGGGAUAGUACUUUCCAAAAUUAUUUAAAGAUGCUUCGCUGAUACAAGAUUCAAGUUCAGCUGAACAUAACAAGCGCGUGCAAAUGUUACUUAAUAGCUGUCACGGAUCAGUCCGUGCCUCCUUUGUUUAUUCAGCGAUCUCGCCUGAGUUUGGUGAAACGAAUGUAGAGGGGGGAGCGGGGUGGUGUAGCCAGCCCUGUGUGUGUGUUGCUCCUCUGCCAUGUGACACCACAACUGCGUAAUUGAGGGACGGAUGUAGAGGUCGUGAGCACCACGUGAGUUUCGGACCUCACGUGCGGCUGGAGGAAUGCAUACACCUGGUCUAGGGGACUGGGGGAGGAUAUAAGCCGGACGGUAGCGGCAUUUGGGAGAGAGCCAUCAAGGAAUCGAGAGGCUGAUUGAUCCAGUGGCGGCUGUUAUUUGUGGAUUGGUAGAGUGGAGUGUAUUUAUGACAUACUCGCUGUUACUGUUUUUGUUGCGGAGCCGCUGCUGCUAUAUGUUGGGACUGCAACUUCAGUAGAACUGUUACUGAAGGUUCCUCGCCGAAUCUGCUACUGGGAGCGGUGGACAUCGCCGAGCUGACGAGAAGUUCCAGAGAAGAACAACCCGAGCCGACGACAAUAGGCGGGCAGCAUCUCAUCACAGCUGGGGAGUGUUGAGCAAGUGGGUUCCACUCUCGUACCUGUCAGCGACAACCCACCAACUGCGGGGAGGGACGUCGCUGUUGUUUGUUGUAAACCUGUGCAGCGAGUGGAGGAAAGACACGGGGUGUAAUGUCGAGGACUCCGAAGAUUUGAUGCUGGUGUCGGCAGAACGUACAGAAAGGUUUUAUUUCUUAAGUCCCACCAGUGGAGAGUUAGAGGGGGGAAAGGUUUUAUACCCCCAUAGUUACUGUUCACCCUCAUAGAGAGAAAGACUGUUGAAUCGGACUUUUAGCACUUUGGUACGCUGUUUCAUAUGUAUGAGCACUCGGACUUUUCUAGCGAGUAGGAAAGUGCUCGGAGAGACGUAUAGUUAGGAGUGUAUUGAAAUGGACAUGUGUGUGUUGUCUUGGUGACAUUAAGAGAACGAUUGUAGACCAGCCUGCGCGCGGUCGUAGUUUCUGUGUUGAAUAAUAUAUGGCGUAUACCUUAUGAUUUAGAACAGACAAGAGUGAUAACUGGUUGUGGUAUGGUUUAAAUUGAUUUGCUAGAAAGUCUUGUAUUACAAUUUAUGUUUUUUAUAAUUUCUUUGGUGUAUAAUAAAUAACAGGACG